CACAAACAAACGGAGGCAGUACUGCACAUUGAAGUUGCCACCCAUUCAAUGACACGUAAAAUAAAGGAAGUGGGUGCAGCAGCAGCAGCGAGUGCUAUUCAUAUCCAGAGAUGCUAAACACGAGCAUAGAGCAAAGAAGAGAUGUGACGGCGUCCCGCUUUCAGUGUGACAGGAACAGGAAGUGGUAAACACACUUAGAGAAUGCUGAAAAAGAUGAGGCUUGUAUGUAAAUCAUCACCGAGCUCCCAAACUGAUCAGACUUCCUAUACCAUUGAACUGUGGAUGGAGUGAAGUUGAAGUUGUUUGGAAGCAAGAUGACACAGAAAGACGCCGGUAGUGGCACUACCCAGGAUGGAGACAAACUGAAAAUUGUCAUUGUGGGCGAUGGAGGCUGUGGGAAAACGUCGCUCUUGAUGGUGUACGCUAAAGAUUAUUUCCAAGAGAAAUACGCCCCGACCGUGUUUGAAAAAUACUCCACCUCUGUGGUUCUUGGAGGGAAAGAAGUAAAGGUCAACCUGUAUGACACAGCAGGACAGGCGGACUACGACAGGCUGCGGCCGCUCUCCUACCAGGAAGCCCAUUUGAUUUUAGUCUGCUUUGAUGUGACCAACCCAACCAGUUUUGACAAUGUCACCAUAAAGUGGAUCCCAGAGGUGAAGCACUUCUGUCCCAACAUUCCAGUCAUCCUUAUCGGCUGCAAGACUGACCUCAGGAAAGAUAAAGAGUGCAUCAGAAGGCUCAAAGCCAUUAAUCAAGCUCCUAUCACUUACACACAGGGCCUGGCCACCCAACAGGGGAUGAACGCCGAGCUCUACCUCGAGUGCUCGGCUAAGUAUCAGGAGAACGUGGAAGACGUCUUCAGGGAGGCCGCCAAAAUGGCUCUGGCGUCCCGUCGCAAACACAGAAACUAUAAAAGGAAGAGGAAAUGUGCCAUUUUAUGACGAUAAGAGAGGAGCUCCAUCCAUGCCUGUCAGUCAAAGUGUUGACUGGAGAUACAUCAAGGUUUUUCAUAUGCACUUUGGAGAAAGAUGGAAUGUAUUUAGUAAUUAUUUCACUGUCAUUUAUUAAAAAAAAAAAAGAAAAAAAAAAAGUGUUUUGAAGUCUUUUAUAAAACAAACAAAUGUUGAAUAUUUUGUAUGAUCAAUGGUUUAUUUUUAUAGCUAAAGUUGUUUUUGAUCAAUAUUACUUUAUUUCUCAGUUUUGAGGAAAAACUGUCGUGCACCAAAGUGAGCAUUCACAUAAAUCAUGGGUGUCAAACUCUGGCCCGCCGUGUAAUUUCAUUUGGCCCUUGAGGCAAUAUCAAAUUACAAACCCCGUUUCCAUAUGAGUUGGGAAAUUGUGUUAGAUGUAAAUAUAAACGGAAUACAAUGAUUUG